UUUUUUUAGUCUUUGAAGAAAGUAUUGAGAUGAGUUUCCUCUUUCACAUCGCCAGUGAGAUGUUACACCAAACGGAUAUAGCCUGUUGAGACAGAUGUAGAGAGUUGAGCAAAACGCUUUCUGACUACAUGAUGUACCUCCUGAUCGUGCAGCCUUCUCUGAUGUCAACGGUUGCCGGAGUAAGAUUCAGAGAUGCAAGAGCAGAAGCGAAGAACCUUCAAGAGGCUAAAAAGCUGUUUCAGAGGACGCAUGUUGCGGAUUCAAGAGACGCAAAGAUUGCAUGUGAAGCAAUUAUAGCUUCCUAUAAAUCAGUUGAGGAAAUGAACGAGAAUGCUAUAGAGUAUAGUAGCAAGUCUGUGCUCUUCCAAGCGUGCAUGCUAGCAAAAUAGCUUAAGAGGAUCAAGAGCAAUGAUAAGAUGUGGGAAGUAGUGAGCAAAGUGUGGGUUGAGAUGCUUUGCUAUGCAGCAACCAAACAACAUGCAGCUCAGCUCAACAAAGGUGGUGAACUGAUCAACUUGGUUUGGCUUUUGAUGGCUCACUUUGGACUCGGAGAGCAGUUCAGGACCACUAAGGAAGAUUCUAGAAGCAGACUCUUUAUUGACAGAACCACCACUUCUUGUCUUGUUUAACAGAUCGGUUUUCUGGUCUUGUUGUCUUUAACAUCUUUGUCUAUUCUUGAAAAAAACCAUCUUUAACU